AGGCUAGGAAGCUCGAGAAAUCGAGAACCGACCAACAACAGCGACAGGCAUGAACUCACCCGGAGAAUCAUACGGUCGCCUGUAGACGAAGCCUUUGGUUGAGAAGGCAUGGACGGCGGAGGUGACUCGCAUGCGUCUCAGCCGGUGACGGCCAAACUGCGGGCUUCUCGUCGACGGCCGCCCCGGGCUUCACGUGCCUGCGAGACUUGUCGGGUGCGCAAGACCAAGUGCGAUCAAGCCCAGCCGUGUUCCUAUUGCGCUUAUCAUUCGCUUGAUUGCUUUUAUCGCGCCGCAGGUCCAAAUGAGAGCUCAUCUACAGCAAAGCGACAGGCACAACUACGAGAAGCCCAAAGAUCGAAAACCCGCCCAUCGCCAUGGCCGGAUGUGAGCCAGGGUAAUCAGCACGGCUCCCAGCAAAGUGACUCCCCAGACCAUUUCCCUCCCCGACUUCCACGAGGCAUUGGCAAUAUCAAUGCGAGCUCACCCAGUGUUUUCACCCCUAAACGUGACGAUGACAGUAUAGUCGCGGCUACCCCAGAGCUAUGCGAUUCGGCAUCCAGAGACGGGCUGAGUGGUGUCAACCUUCAUACCAAUGGCACCGAGUUCUAUGGUACUUCCUCGAACCUGGCUUUUCUGGGAAAUCUGUACGCUCGGGCUCGUAACCAAGCAGAGACAAAAGCGUUAACUAUCCCUGACAACGAGCCGCCGUAUCCUUCACAUGAGGGCUCUUACCCUGUCUUGAAUUCUAUACAAUCCGACAAGACUAACUUGAAUCAAUUGUCACCCGAUUCUCCUGCGGACAGGCAGUCAGAUGGCUCACAGACGAACAAGGCACAGCUAUCCAUCGUGAAUCUACUCUAUAAUCCGAAAUACCCUAGCCACUCACCACCGCAGAUCAGCGGUAGGGCCGAAGAUGAUAGACAAGGGGGAACAGCAACUGCUGAAGGCCCCAGAAACAAUGCCCACAGUUAUGUAGAUCACCAUUAUGAGAUGGCACCAGUCAUUGACAGGCUUUCGGACGAGGCCCAACUCGAAAUCGAGAAGAUGUUCAUCAGCAGCUACUUUUCGAACAAGCAUUAUAUCCAUCCCAUGCUGUCCAAGACCAGCUUUAUGCGGCGUUGUGAGAAUGAAGCCUUUCUGUUGCCGAGACGGCCUGGCUUCUACCGCGGUAUAUCGAAAUUCUCAGGGUUAUAUUUCUCUGUGGUUGCCCUAGGAGCCAUCAAUGCGAGUCCCCAUGAGACAGCUCUGCUUGACCAUUACUGCAGUUACCUCCCAAAUCUAGGGAAGCCUGGUUCUAUAACCAGACCUUCGGCAUUGGAUUUUGCAGAUUACUACUUUGGAAAGGCCAAGCAAGCUUUAGGAGAUUUGUUUGAGAGCUCUAGCUUGGAGAGUGCGCAAGCGCUUCUGCUCCUGAGUGUAUUCUGUCAAAACGCGCUGCGGCCGCACAGCUGCUUCAUGUACAGCGGAAUGGCAGUAAGGACAGCGGUUGCCAUAGGGCUGGCAUCGGGAAUGUCAUCCGUUUCCCUUGAUGCGCGAAAGGAGGGCAGACGAACCUGGUGGUGUAUAUAUUCCCACGAGAUCGAGAUGUGCUGUUCCUCCGGCCGUUUAGACAGUAUGAAGGAUCUUCAGUAUUACCAAGUUCCAAUACCAACACUGAAGGCUACGUCCGGCAAUCUACUUGAUCCCGAUGCGGAAGACGACCACGUUGGUAUGAUCCCAGCCAUGGUAGCGUUGGCACAAAUCAUGUCGGAGGCAUCUCAUCUUCUUUAUCAUUCGCCGAAGCGGUCUAUGAUCGAAAUGUCACAGAUUGCAAUGAAUUUGGACAACAAGUUGCUUGCAUGGAAAACCACACUGCCACAUUUUUUGGACAUCGAUGCUGCUUCAUUGAAUGACACUGAGUGGGCUUUCAAACAGAAAUUGGUGUUAAGGCUACGAUUCUACAACACACGGAUCCUAAUACAUCGCCCAUUCCUCGCUGCAUCAGCGUCUAGCACCGAGUUCUCCAAUCUGCUCCAGCAUCUGCACACCUGCCUGGCUGCUGCGAGAACCAGCAUCCAGAUGCAGUAUGAAUCAUUCCUGCAUAGGAUAUACAUACGAACAUGGUGGUAUAACACGACAUACGCACUAUAUGGAGCCAUGAUUCUGCUCCACCUCGUCCUGUCCGGAUUCCCUGGUAUUCGCGACGAGGAUCUUUUGCUGGAUGUCGAGAAAAGCCUUGACAUAUUCGAGUCGAUGAACAACAUCGUGGUUGCUCGCCGAUGUGCCGAGAUGAUCCGAGAGGUUCUUGAAGUCGCGCGAGCCUGUGUAGCACGUCGUCGUGCCACAAUAUCUGCUCCAACAUCAGCACUAGCUCCUAACUCGGGCACUACAUUCGGCCUCGAUGCUGCCGACCCAGCAGUGCACCAUCGAGACCUAACCGGGAUGGCGUCGUCCGGCGUGGAUAGCGAUUUCUUCUUCUCGCUGUUCAAUCAGGACUCCCAGCCUAACACUCGGGCCGAGAUAUUGGCUAAUCUGGUUGAUCCGACGAUUCUCGAGGAUUUUGCGUUUGGGACCGGGGGGAGCGACUUUUCGGCUUUCCUUGGCUCUUGAUAUCCCAUGCAGGUGUUGACGUCCUACUUCCAUUGCCAUAUCCACUGCCUCUCACAUGACUAGUUAGCUAGCAAUAUAGACUAUGUACAUGAAGCUGGCUACACUUUCCAUUUGAAGGACAUAUAUGAUACCUCACCACCCACCGAG